AUGUCAUCUAUGGUUGAUAAGGGCUGGACGAAUUGUUCCCGUAAAUCUGCUCUGUACAUAGAAGGUGUUAGGUCAUUUAUAGAAUUUGUUAAUCAAAAUGGUGGUGGAAAUACCUUAUAUUCAUGCCCCUGUGUUAGAUGUAAGAAUGAGGUAGAAGCACAAUCACUCGAGGAUAACACUAAUAAUGCCAAUUUAGCUGAGAAUGUAGAAAAUGUAGGAGAUGUAACUGUUGAUCCUGCUAUAGGGGUAGAUGAUAAUUUUGGAAUAGAUAGUGGGAUUCAUAAUGAUGCUGGAACUAGGAAAAGGAAAAAAAAAAAGAAUUCUGUCUACGAGCGUGCAAAAGAACCGUUAUAUCCUUCAUGUCCUAAAGGAAUGAAAACACUAUAUGCUUCUAUCAAAUUGAAUCACAUAAAUACACGGUAUGGGUUUUUUGAUAAUGGUAUGACAACAAUCUUAGAGUUGAUGAAUGAGUUGCUUCCUAAAGAAAAUACGUUUCCAUCUAAGUACCCAGAAGUGAAAAAGAUGAUCCAAGAACUAGGAAUGGAUUAUAUAACAUAUGAUGCCUGCGUAAAUGAAUGUAUUUUAUAUUGGAAAGAUUGUGCAUUGUUGGUUAAGUGUCAUGUUUGUCAAGAAUAUAGGUAUAAGAAGGUUUUUAAUGAUGAGAAGAAGCUUACAACUAUUGCUCAUAAGACGGUAAGACAUUUUUCGUUGAUUACAAGGCUGAAAAGGUUUUAUACUGAACCAUGGAUCGCGGAUGCAAUGAAUUGGCAUUCUAGAGCAAAGUCAGAUAUAAAUGUCAUGCGUCAUCCCGUCGAUUCUUUAGCUUGGCGGUGUGCAGAUAGUUUUUCACCUGAGUUUUCCAAGGAACCAAGGAAUGUUGCACUUGGGAUAUCAACUGACGGUUUGAAUCCGAAUGGGUGUUUCGGUCUUGCACAUAGUUGUUGGCCUGUGAUUCUGUGUAUGUAUAAUUUAGCUCAUUCGUUGUGUAUGAAGCGGGAAUUAUCCUUGUUUACAUUGCUGAUAUCAUGCCCUAAAGCUCCCGCGUUGGGUACUUUAUCUGGUUGUGUAACUCAUGGAUAUUUUGCGUGUCCUACUUGUGGAGAAGGCACUGUUGCUGAUUAUCUUCCAUUUACUAAGAAGAUCUGCUAUAGGGAACACCGAAGAUGGCUACCAGUGAAACAUAAGUAUUGCUAUGACAAGACAAACUUCGAUGGAGAGGUAGAGCACGGUACAACUCGAUGGACACUAACAGGGCAACAAAUACAAGAUAUUGUAGGUAAAAUCGGAUCGAAGAAGCGCAAAGGAAAACAACCUUCACUAGAAAUUUUGAAACGCAAAAGGAAAGUUGAUCGUGAAGCGGAAAUAAAAGGUGAUGCCAAUGCGGAAGAUGAGGUUAAUGACCAAUAUUCAACGUUUACUCGAAGAUCUAUUCUCUAUGACUUGCCCAACUGGGGUUCAAAUGCAAUUCGCCAUAUGAUAGACACAUUUUUGUGUAAAAUCGGAUCGAAGAAGCGCAAGGGAAAACAACCUUCACUAGCAAGUUUGAAACGCAAAAGGAAAGAUGAUCGUGAAGCGGAAAUAAAAGGUGAUGCCAAUGCGGAAGAUGAGGUUAAUGACCAAUAUUCAACGUUUACUCGAAGAUCUAUUCUCUAUGAGUUGCCCAACUGGGGUUCAAAUGCAAUUCGCCAUAUCACAGAUGUCAUGCACAUGGAGAAGAAUAUAACAGAGCAUCUUCUGAAUACUAUGAUGUGA